AUGAAAACGGUGACCAGCGGCGGUGAACAUCAGACCAGAGACUUGGACCAAAGUAUGGAUCACCGCCAGGAACAUCAACAGGGGUGUCUUGCCAAAGACUGCAAUGAUCAUCGUCAUUUUCGGCGGUGCGAUACGAUCCCAACGACCACCAAGAUGAACGGUUGUCACCUUCAACAGCAACCACUGUCAUUCUCCAUAUCACGUCUUAUGCAGCCGGUUCCAAUCGAACAGUUGCGACGUCGUAGCCUGGUGACAGAAGCCUGUUUCCCAAUUUCUCGGAGUCCCAUGACCGCUAACUAUGCCGCUCUGGCACUCCAACUCCAGUAUGCGAGUAGGAUUUGGCCAUCAACCAUACAGUACCCGUGGUACCCGGCUCAUUUGCCGUCGACGACGGAACAGCGUUACAGGUUUGCUGACGUUCGGCCGCUGGCCCUGUCAGCGGUUGUACCCUUGUCUACCGCCACCGCAAAACUGUGUUCUCCUUCCGUUGCAGAUGACAGCAAUUCAAACAACCUUGACUAUUUCUCAGCGACGCCCAAAAAUGCCAGUGCAGCUCAUCCGGAAGCGGCCAAGUCUCCAAACUGCAGUGGAACAGGAGUACCGUUGAAGCACCGACUGUUCGCCUGUUCUGAAUGUCACAAGGUGUUUAACGCUCACUACAAUCUGAUGAGACAUAUGCCAGUGCACACAGGAGCAAGACCGUUUGUCUGCAAGACGUGUGGCAAAGCGUUCCGUCAAGCUAGUACUCUGUGCAGGCACAAGAUCAUCCAUACGCACGAAAAGCCGCACAAAUGCCAAACUUGUGGCAAAGCUUUCAACCGCAGCUCAACGUUGAACACUCAUAUCCGGAUACACCUCGGCUUCAAGCCAUUCGUGUGUGAGUUCUGCGGCAAGGGCUUUCACCAGAAGGGCAACUACAAGAACCACAAGUUGACGCACAGCUGCGAGAAGGCAUACAAGUGUCACAUCUGUCAGAAGGCCUUUCAUCAGAUUUACAACCUGACGUUCCACAUGCACACGCACCAGGACCGAAAGCCGUUCACGUGCCAGCUGUGUGGUAAAGGUUUCUGUCGGAACUUUGACCUGAAGAAGCACCUGCGCAAGCUGCAUGAGAAAUGUGCGCUGAAAAUGCAACAAGAGGACAGCUCCGGCCAUCGUCCAGCAAGCGAAGGUGAAUACUCCGUGACCGAAGACAAGGACAUGCUGGAUUCGCCGACCAAAAGACAGAAAUGCAGCGUUUUCAGAAGCAUCGCUUCCAUGUUGUAA